AUGGCUGGACGUUUCGGUCUUGUUAAAUUAGGUCCCCCGAUAGAAGUUUUUGCAUUAAAUAGAGCAUAUCUCGAAGAUGAAAAUCCGAAUAAAGUAAAUUUAGGAGUUGGUGCUUAUAGAACUGAUGAAAAUAAACCAUGGGUUUUACCGGUUGUCAAAAAGGUUGAAAAAGCUUUAGCUGAAGAUCCUUCACAAAAUCAUGAAUAUUUACCCAUAUUAGGUUUAGAUGCUUUUACUAAAGCAGCUACUAGUAUGCUAUUAGGAGAAAAUAGUCAAGCUUUAGCCGAAGGAAGGGCUUUCGGAGUUCAAACCUUAAGCGGAACAGGAGCAUUAAGAAUUGGUGCUGAAUUUUUAUCGAAAAUAUUAAAAUAUAAUACAUUUUACUAUUCCAAACCCACAUGGGAAAAUCACCAUUUGGUAUUUGUGAACUCUGGUUUCACUGACCCACAUACUUAUACUUAUUGGGAUCCUAAGACUAAAUCUAUUGAUUUUGAAGCAAUGUGCAAGGAUAUUAGUUCUGCACCUGAAAAUUCAGUCAUUAUUCUUCAUGCUUGCGCUCAUAAUCCGACAGGAUGUGAUCCGACGAGAGAACAAUGGAUGUUACUCGCAGAAAUAAUGAGGGAAAAGAAACUUUUCCCGUUUUUCGAUUCGGCUUAUCAGGGAUUCGCAUCCGGGGAUUUGGAUGAGGAUGCUUGGGCCGUACGAUAUUUUGCCGAACAAGGUUUUGAAAUGCUCGUCUCGCAAUCAUUCGCUAAAAAUUUCGGACUUUACAACGAAAGAGUUGGAAAUUUGACUUUCGUCGUCGCCGAUAAAUGCGUUAUACCAUCGAUUAAAUCUCAAGUAACGAUUAUAAUAAGAGGAAUGUAUUCGAAUCCACCCAAUCACGGUUGUCGAAUCGUUGCCACGGUUCUCAAUAAUCCAGAAUUGUAUAAGGAAUGGAAACAAUGCAUUAGAAUAAUGUCGAAUAGAAUAAAAGAAAUGAGGAAAGGUUUGAAGGAAAGGUUGCGAGAUUUGAAAACUCCAAACGAUAACAAAUGGAAUCACAUAACCGAACAAAUCGGAAUGUUUUCAUAUACUGGACUCAAUCCCGGACACGUGGAACUCCUUCGUCAAAAUCAUCACGUUUACAUGUUGAAAUCCGGUAGGAUAAACAUGUGCGGUUUAACGUCGAAAAAUUUAAAUUACGUUGCUGCUGCCAUACACGAUGCCGUCACGUCCGACAACAGUAUUUAA